CUGUGUAGGCUGUGUUGACGGUAAACAUGUACGUAUACGAAACCCACGACAUUCUGGCAGCAUGUUUAGAAAUUAUAAACAAUAUUUCUCGAUUGUAUUGCAAGGUGUUGCCGGGCCUGACUAUAAGUUUAUUGCUGUCGAUGUUGGCGGUUAUGGCAAAGAAAGUGACGGAGGAAUUUUUUCUCAUUCGUAUCUUUCAGAAAAUCUUGAAAAAGGAGCGUUAGGCUCACAAUCAUUCGCUCCAUUGCCAGGAACGAACAUAAAGGUUCCCCAUGUUAUUCUUGGCGAUGAAGCGUACCCACUCAAAACUUAUCUCAUGCGACCGUUUCCAGGAGACAAUUUGGAUCCGGCUAAAAGGCUGUUCAACAGGCGGCUCUCUAAAGCUCGCCAGGUUAUUGAAUGCACAUUCGGUAUAAUUAGCAACAAAUGGAGACUGCUGCUGAAAGGCAUUGAAGUGGAGCCAGACUUUGUUGACACCAUAGUUCAAUGCAUAUGCUUGUUGCAUAACAUUGUCAUCGACAAAGAAGGCGAACAACAAGUGUUUCCACAUGGCCAAGAAGAUAGUAAUGAUGACAACACUACUAGCAGACCUGUUAGAUUUACUUCUUUGGGUGAAAAUAGGGGCUCUACCGCAGCCUAUACAGUAAGGGACAAUGGACGAUUGGCUUCUCUCUGGACUCUGGGCGUACUAGCGUGUACGAGCGACAGAUCCCAUCCAGACGGGAUGUGUAGCGCGAGCGUGAGUACGCCUGUAGCUGCGCAGGAGUUGGCGCCUGCAGUGGACGCGGCUUUGCCUGACUCAUGGUUGUGGGAUCUGUCGCGCGAAGCCGCUUGUUUACGCUUGUAUCGCGCGAGCGUGAAGACGCUUGAAUACGCUUCCAGUGGACGACCAGCCUUAGUCGCGUGCACGCUGCGGCUCCGCUCGAGUGUGCACUACCUAAAGGGGCGUUCACACAUGGCGACUAACUAG